CUCAAUGAGCAACAGGAAUCCGGGUUUGUUUAGCUUGCCUCGGUUUCCGUGAGAGCCCGGUUCAUCACAGGCAAAUGCUGGAUGGGCAAGGGAGCGGCAGGGUGGACUCAUUUUGCUGUAAAAUGAUCCGGAGAAACAGGGUCUUAAUUAAUCCAUCUCGUUAAGGUGCUACACUGAAGGCUUAGUGAGAAUCCACAUCCACAUAAACAGAGAACCAGUGAUGGCCGACCAGCGGCAUCAGCAAGGAAAGCCGCUGCGGAAUAAGCGCUACCAAGGCUGCCUCCUCAAUGGGAAAGAAUCAACCAAAGACGGCCUGCAUGCUAGGGGACAGUGGGCUAACAAGGCUGAGUUCCUCCUGGCCGUGGCGGGGCAGAUCAUCGGCCUGGGCAACGUCUGGAGGUUUCCUUACCUCUGCUACAAGAACGGAGGAGGUGUGUUCUUCGUACCCUACAUGUUGUUCCUGGUGCUGUGCGGCAUCCCCCUGUUCCUCUUGGAGACCUCACUGGGACAGUUCACCAGCAUGGGAGGGGUCAGCGCCUGGAGGACUAUCUGCCCAUUAUUUGGAGGUCUCGGCUACGCCAGCCAGGUGAUGAUACUGCAUGGCUGCGUGUACUACAUCGUCAUCCUGGCCUGGGCUCUCUUCUACCUGACCUACAGCUUCCAGGCGGAGCUGCCCUGGUCACACUGUAACAACACAUGGAACACUGAGGCGUGUGUCCUGUUUGACCGCCACAACCAGACAGCCAAUGUGAGCAGCCUGCCUGACAACGCCACCUCCCCUGUCAUAGAGUUUUGGGAGCGGGAAGUGCUUCGUCUCUCCAGCAGUUUAGACGAGCUGGGUCCAAUCAGCUGGAAGCUCGCUCUGUGUCUCGCCGUCAUCUGGUUCGUGUGUUACUUCUGCGUCUGGAAGGGAGUCAAGUCCACCGGAAAGGUGGUGUACCUGACGGCCACCUUCCCAUAUGUCAUGCUGUUUGUGCUGCUGGUGCGCGGUGCCACCCUGCCUGGAGCGACCCAGGGCAUCAUCUACUACCUCAAGCCUAACCACACCCGCCUGGCAGACCCCCAGGUAUGGAUGGAUGCGGGUACCCAGGUAUUUUUCUCAUAUGGAAUCUGUUUGGGAAGUCUCACGGCCCUCGGCAGUUACAACAAAUACAACAACGACUGCUACAAGGACUCCUUCCUUCUGUGCCUCCUGAACAGCGCCACCAGUUUUGUGGCGGGUUUCGCCAUCUUCUCGGUGCUGGGCUUCAUGGCUGAGGAGCAGGGCGUGGACAUAGCCACCGUGGCCCAGUCAGGACCUGGCCUUGCCUUCAUUGUCUACCCGAGAGCUGUCGCCAUGAUGCCUGUACCCCAACUGUGGGCCAUCUGCUUCUUCCUCAUGAUCAUCAUGCUGGGGCUGGACACACAGUUUGUGAGUCUGGAGGCCCUGAUGACGUCCGUGACUGACCUGUACCCCCAUCUGAUCCGCCGGGGCCACCGCAGGGAGCUGCUGCUGCUAUUCGUCUGCAUCGUCUGCUUCCUGCUCGGACUGGUCAUGGUCACGCCGGGGGGGCUGUAUGUGUUCCAGAUCUACGACCAUUUCUCCUGCAGUGGAGCCAGCCUGCUGCUUCUCUCCAUCUUCCAGUCCCUGGCCAUCGGCUGGGUCUACGGAGCCGAGCGCUUCAGCGCCAACAUCAGGGAUAUGACCGGCUACAGCCCCCUGCCCGUCUUCAAGCUGUGCUGGAAAUAUUUGACCCCGGCUGUGUGCACUGCUACCUUUGUGUUCUCCCUGGUGAGCUGGUCUCCAUUGAACCUGGGUAAAGGCCUGGUUGCUCCAGCCUGGGCCACCGCGCUGGGCUGGCUCCUUACCCUCUCCUCCGUCUCCCUGCUCCCCAUCUGGGCUAUCUACGCCCUGGCCACCACCCCGGGAACCCUGCCACAGCGCUUCCAACUUCUGUGCAGUCCUGCUGAAACCUCAUUGCAGGCCAACCACUACUUCCCCCACCAGCACCCCUACAGCCCCGCGCUGCCCCUGACCGAGAAGCAGAAGGAGCCGACUACAGACAUCAUCCAGAAUCCUCUCACCUGAGGAUGGGCAAUGGCGCUGUAACAUUGGAUGCUGGUUAGGCAAUUAGGUGUGGCGAAGGGGAGGGUCAAGGUUAGAUUUAAUGCUGCUUAGGAUUCUAGACUAAACAUGUUUUGGGUUUUUUUC